AAAAAAAAAAAAAAAAAAAGAAAAAAAAGAAAAAAGAAAAAAAGAAGAAAGAAAAACAUAGCAAAAAAAAAUCUUUGCGUGCAACUUACUGUAUAACUAAGACCACGUUUUAGCAGUUAUCAUACACGUAAUAAUCAUAACAGAUCAACAACCUGAUAAACAUAAAAAGAUUGUAUUAAAACAUUGUAAAUUAUUUAAUAUUCAUUACUUCGUUUUCUAAGAACAAACAAAAAAUUGCAUUUGAGAUAUUAAGAUUUCCGAUUUCAAGAUGUUUGCAGAUGAGGAAAAUGAUUCACACCGUCCAUUAAUGCGAUAUACGUUUGGAUUAAAUAAGCCGUCAAGUUUGCUAGACCAAAAUGGAUAUCUAACCCACAAGUAUCAUCAUUUACCUCGACGACAAGAAGCAACAAAAAAUGAAAAAAUUACAAUCAACGUAUCAGGUGAAAGAUAUCAGACGUAUGUUGAGACACUUAACAAGUUUCCCGAGUCUUUACUUGGAAACAAAGCAAAGAGAGAUCUCUUUUACGACGGAGUUGAAGAUGAAUACUUCUUUGACAGAGAUAGAAAUGCUUUUAACGCUAUUCUUUACUACUACCAGUCAAAUGGUCAACUUUAUUGCCCUUUAACUCUUCCUAUGACCAUCUUGGUAACCGAAGCACAGUUUUUUGAACUUGGAAACACAGCAAUCAAGCAAGUUUUGGACAUACAGUCAGAGGAUAUUAGCUCCGCUAUGCCUAAAAGUAAAUGGCAAAAAAAGGUAUGGUGUUUAUUUGAACAUCCUGAAUCAAGCAAAGCUGCUAAACUUAUGACAAUUUUUUCUGUUACAAUGAUAGUACUAGCUGUUACUGUACUUUGUAUAGAGACUUUACCAUUUUUUAAAACAGAUACAUUAUUAAAAGAAAAUGAUAGAAAAUAUUCAAUGACUGUAUCAGCUGACGUAAACCUAAUGUAUCAUGACCAAAUUUUAAAAUUUAACGAGAAAGAAACUUUCUGGAUUACCAGAAAUAAUUUUACAAUAUUAUCUCAAGGUACAACUCAAAAUAAACACUGCGUAUGUAGUUGUCGCUGUUCUGAAAUGAAAACAGAACUAAGAUCGGCAGCACUAUUAAACUCGACAAUAACAGAGGAAAAGGUUUUUUGGAAAGAUACUUUUGACAUUUUAGAAGGUAUUUUUGGCUCGUGGUUUACAGUAGAAUUCAUUCUACGACUAAUAUCUUCUCCGAGUAAAAAGAAGUUUUUGACUGGUUUCCUAAACAUAGUUGAUAUUCUCUCCAUUCUUCCAUUUUAUUUUACCCUAGCUAUGAAGAAACACGUUGAAAACGUAGGACUAGAUAACUUUCGUGUACUUCGACUUGUUCGGGUGUUUCGAGUGUUUAAACUCUCACGACAUUCUAAAGGUUUACAAAUUUUGGGACAAACAAUGAAAGCAAGUAUCAAAGAACUUGGGAUGCUAAUGUUUUUUAUUGGGAUUGGAGUUGUUUUAUUUUCAGCAACUAUUUAUUAUUUAGAGGUCGAGAAUUUUACCAGUAUCCCAGACGCUUUUUGGUGGGCAAUCAUUACUAUGUGUACAGUUGGGUACGGGGACAUGGUUCCUAAAACGUUUUGGGGCAAGAUAAUAGGCGGAUUAUGCUCAAUUUGUGGUGUACUAUCAAUUGCAUUACCUGUACCUGUAAUUGUCUCAAACUUUGAUUACUUUUGCAAUCGAGAAAGAACAAAAAAAAUGCACCAAGACGUUUUAAAAUCAAGCAAGGAACAGCAGCUUUGCAAUCAAAGUAAAAUUGGAAUAAAAAAUAAAAAAAUUUCUCUUGAUUCCGGAAUUUCUUUGCGUUUUACACAGCGAGAAGAUGAGAUACGGAGGCAGGCAACUAUCAAAGAAAUUGAGAGGCAUAACCGACAUGUAAGUCAGCGACUAUCGGUAAGAACUCACCAUAAAUUUGAAAAUGAAAGUAACGCAGAAAACUACUAGCUAAAAGUAAUCGAGCAGUUUUUUUAAAAAAAUAUGUAUGAGUUUUGUAAACGAGAACUUUUUAUAAAAGUAAAACAAACGACUUUUUAGAAGAAAAAAAUCGCACCAUUUGAAACUCCAUGAAUAAUGGAGAGUGGUGGGGGAAAGCUCCAUAAACGCUGUUUCAUUUAUACAACACGUUUAUCUGAUGUGCAAUACAAUUAGAUUUUGUUAUUAUCAAAAAUGAAAAUAUUUGAAUAGAAAAUACGAUAAAAUAAUAAUAAAAAAAACUUUUUAAUUUUCAAAUAGUAAUAUAUUAAUAUUAUCAAAUAAAAAAAACAUAUAUAUGUUACACAAUGAUUAAAAAUAUAUUUAUGAUACAAUUUAUAAAUGUGUAUAUACUCUUUUUUUUUUUUUAAAUAAAGUCAGACUUUUUAUGUUGAUGUACAGUAUUUUAUUCAUAUAGUUUUGGAUAGCAAGAAAUCUUUUC